AUGGCCGAUCAAAUCCUCGACCAGGUUCGCGAUAUCGCUGAGGGCCAGAUCGACUUUGAGGGCCAGAAACUGGCAGAUCUCCUCGCGACUCUACUUCUCUCGGCAUCUGGAGUUCUUGCUUUCAUCAUCGGAUACAUUCUGCAAGACAUCAAGCUCGCAGUCUACGUUGGCUUAGGCGGAACCGUACUCACAUUCCUCCUUGUCGUGCCUCCUUGGCCCUUUUUCAAGCAACAUCCAGUCAAGUGGCUAGAACCUGGAUCCGCGUCCGGCUCCGGGACACGAAACGAGGUUACAAUAGGGAAGUCGGGAUAG